GUAUGUGAGCGGCGAGACCCUGGUGGUGGACGGCGCCGCCUGGCUGCACCGGCCGCAGCUCGUGCCGCGGGAGUCGGUGUCACAGGUGUCGCGCCGCGUGGAGGGGACCAGCCGCAAGGUAGGGGUCGCGGGAGACGGCGGCGGCGGGGCUAGGAGCAAGCUGUAG